CUCGGGAGGCGGGUCCGCGCCGCCUCACAGCCGCGGCUAUGGCGGGCUUCGUGAGGCAGCUGGAGCGGCGGGGCGGGCCGGCGCUGCGGCUGGAGCAGCGGGCGGCGGGCGGCGUGGGCUGCGUCGUGUGGGACGCCGCGCUGGUGCUCGCCAAGUUCCUGGAGACCGGUGCCUGUCCCCUCGCCCGCCGCCACGUCCUCGAGCUGGGCGCCGGCACCGGCGCCGUUGGCAUCAUGGCAGCGACGUUGGGGGCAAAUGUGACAGUUACCGACCUUGAGGAACUGCAGGAGCUGUUGAUGGUUAAUAUAGAGAACAACAAACAUCUGGUCACAGGGUCAGUCCGAGCCAAGGUACUGAAAUGGGGUGAAGAUGUAACAGAAUUUCAGCCUCCCCCUGAUUAUAUACUAAUGGCUGAUUGCAUUUACUAUGAGGAGUCAUUAGAACCAUUACUGAAGACACUGAAAGAUCUUACUGGCCCUGAUACGUGCAUCUUGUGCUGUUACGAACAGAGGACUAUGGGAAAGAAUCCUGAAAUUGAGAGAAAAUACUUUGAGCUGCUUCAGUUGGACUUUGAGCUGGAAAAAAUUCCCCUGGAUAAGCAUGAUGAGGAGUAUCGCAGCGAAGACAUUCACAUCAUGAAUAUCCACAGGAAGCAAACGAAUAUUCCAUCAUGAGAUCUUUGACCACAGUAUCUCCUCUGGCAGCUGGUAGAGCUCUGGAGAGGAAGGUGUAGAAUAACACCACAAAGAGACUGUUUCCAGUGUGGUUUGUGACUCAUCUACUAAAAAUGUCUUCUUGAUGGUGGACUUGGCAUGAGACACCAGAAGAAGUGGGCUUAUUAGACGAGAUCACUGAUAGCGCCUUCCAAGAGGACAGAUGUGAGCUGCUCAUGUCUUCAGGCUGAGGAAGGCAGAAACAACCCAGAGCGGCACUGGACGUGUGUUCUGGUUACCUCUGCUUGUUGGAGCAGCGGGUGGCUUGCCAAGUGCUCACAGAGUGGAUCUGAAGACACCUCUCCAAAGUCUCUGUAAGGAGAAAACUGAGCAGGCUCAGUCACACAGCCGCUCAAUAAACCUUUUGCACUUCA